AUGAAAUUCUCCAUCGCGGUAGUCGCCUCCGUCCUCGUCGCCACGGGCGUGGCGAUGCCGAUUCCCGUGCGUUAUAUGCCCCUAACACCCACUCCUAACACUACGGUUGAUCUACAAGCGCCAUCCCCGAGCGAGGCUCCUAGCAUGAACGGGGCGGAUCUGAUGAGCGCGCUUCAGAGCAUAGGGGGGCUGGACGGGGUGUUGAAGAGUAUCCAGAUUUCUUCGCCGUUGACUUCGGCAUUGGGGCAAUAA